ACAACCCGAAUCAAUAGACAGGCUGCAUUUUACUUUGGACAUUGUUGCUUACAAACAUCUUGCCAUAAAUGUCUACCAAGAAAAUCAGACACGAUUUAGCUAGACCCAAAUAGUCUGCUUAGUUUAUUUGUCUGCCGUUAUCUCUAGAUUGUCUUAAUUGGGUCAAUUAGACCAUUUAAUUAAACUGACACGGUGUCCCUUAAGAACGACCAGCGCGUGAAGAGGCUCAUUCAUGCCAUCAGUAAUAACUGCGUAUUGUGUGACUCUCAGCGCUUCUUAUUGUGUGAAAACUCCUUUCCUGUCUUCAUCCUUGGGACUGAGAAUAGAGUCCCGAGCGCUUUUAAAUCAAACACGAGAAGUCCUGUCGCGGCUUCCGUACAUCAACAGCUCCGCCCCUUCACGGCUCUGAUUGGCCAGCGCGCUGCGUCGGCGUCCAACGCGGUAGUAGUUUCCUGCAGCGAUGGCCGCGAUCGAGACAGAAAAGCAGCGAGGGCGAUAUGCUGCCCUGGCCAUAGCUGCUGUGGUCAUCGUGCUGGGCAUCCCCCUAUGGUGGAAGACCACCGAAACAUACCGAGCCUGGCUCCCCUUUUCACAAAUCAACGAGCUCGACUCUUUACAGCUCCAGUUAAGUGUUGAAGUAGAGGUGGUCUUAUCUCGAGGAACGCUUAGCCCAGAGCAGCAGAAGAAGGUUCCACUCAGUCAAACCAGAGAACAAGAGCACCAAAUAGAUGCUAAAACAGUGCUGCGGUACAGAUAUGAAACUAAGUAUCGCACUGCUACUAUCAUGGAAGAAGAUGCUCUGAACCAGCCCAGUGCUCAAGAGGCUGAUCUCUCCCUGCACAUGCUUAGCGAGAGUGCUUGUGGCUCUGUGGUUGUUUAUAUCAUCCCUGAGACUUCCACCCUGCUGCCAGCAGAUGUGAAGGUAUAUGUCGGGCAGCGGCGCACUGCCCUGCUGCGUGCUGCUCUGUUUGAAGGCACUGCUGGCCUGAAAGAGGUGCUGUCCACUCUGGAGCCUCAGGUGAAACAAGUGGUCGACACCAUGUCCUUCAGCCAUCAGGACAUCCUGGCUGCCCUGAGCGACCGCAUCCGUGUCGGCCAGGUCAGCAAGGAGAGCCUGGCCGACAGCAUGAGGGCCAUAAAGUCCAGCCCAGGUUAUGAAAUCACCUUCAGUCUCCUGAACCCUGACCCAAAGUCGCACAGCCUGCAUUGGGACAUCGAGGGUGCUGUUAAUAGCUACAUUCAGCCUCUCCUGGACAAACUGAACCCAAUAGCUAACUUCUCAGUGGACUCACAGAUCCUGUACUAUGCAGUGUUGGGGGUCAACCCUCGUUUUGAUAACAGUGUGUCAGCCUACACGCUCAACGCAGACAGCUUGGCACAUGUCAUCAAUCCUGUGGAGGCCAGACUUGGCUCCAAUGCUGCAUCUUCAAACCCUGUGCUGAACUUCCUCCUGUAUGUGCCUGAUGCCCAACACUCUCCUCUCUUCAUUAGAGACCACAGCAAGAGGGAGAUUCCCUCCAAUGCCUUCCACAGCCCACGCUGGGGGGGAAUCAUGGUGUACAAUGUGAAUGACAUGUAUGGGCCUGAGGCUGAAUUUCCUGUGGAUAUCAACAUUAGCAUGAGCAAAGUAAUGGGGGUCUUCUUGGCACAGUUAAGGCUGAUGCUGGGUGUACAGAAGACUCAGCCUCCUCCUGGCUUUGUCCUGCAGAGUGCAGGCAGUGAAGGACUGGCGGACUGGGAGCUGGACCGGUUGAUGUGGAGCCGCAGCGUGGAGAACAUUGCAACGGCCAGCACCACCAUCACCUCCCUCGCCCAACUCCUUGACCAGAUCAGCAACAUUGUCAUCAAUGACAAUAUUGCCCAGCAGGUUUCCAGUGCGGUGACAUCACUGCAGGCAGCUGUAGCUGAGCUGGAGGCUGGAAACUUGGCCUUUGCACUGCAGUACAGUAGGGAGGCCAUUUUGGCAUCUGAGAGGGCGUUUUUCGAUCCCUCUCUUUUGCAUCUUUUAUAUUUUCCUGAUGACCAGAAGUUUGCCAUCUACAUCCCUCUUUUCCUGCCGAUGUGUGUGCCUAUUGUGCUCUCACUGCUGAAGAUUGCCAAUGAGAUCAGACAAAGACGUGCAGACAAACUUGCCAAAAAAGACUGAAAGCUGCCAGCGAAUUGUGUGUGUUGUGUGCCUGUGAGCAUUAAUUCUGUGCACUGAUUUUUUUUUUUUUUUUCCUCAUUACAAGGUUAUUCCUGGUAACAGUUUGUUCUGAUUUGUCCAUUGUAAAAUGUUUAAAGGUUGAACCUUGAAUCUUUAUAAAGUUGAAGGUUUAUUAUUAUUCAGAAUUUCCACAGCAAAGUCGUGCAUUUAUGAAAACAUAGCAGCUUAGAUUUCUUUAUAAUUGAGGUGACAGGAACCAGGGGUCAUAACGUCCAAUAUAGCCAUAACACAUUACAUUUUAGGCCAAAACCUUCUGGAAACUGUAAAACAAUUUCUCAGGUGUCAAGCACACAUUUCAUAUAAAAGCUUUCUGUGAUGUAGCUUUUAGAGGCAUUAAGCUCUUCAGAUGUCUGGAUCCUAUCACCACCAGUGUGAACAACUCUGACUCUUAAAUUUCUCAAGAAUGGAGUAUUUCACAUCAAACCACUCUGAAUGACCGUGUUUCCAUCACAAUCAUUUAAUUAUGCAGAACUCACUGGAACUGUGUUCGAUCGGCCCUUUCACACAUUUUCAAUGUCUCUUAUUUUUAUGUGCUGCCUUCAUGUCCCAUUAAGAAGCCCUUGUGCAGAGUCAUGUGUACCGAUACUGGCUCGACAUGUACAUUAAUGGUAAUAUAUCAGCAGUCACACAACAGCAUUGAACUGGCCAAUUAGGCUCAUGCUUCCUGUUCGUUGACUGAGGCAGCUUCUGUGGUGAGGGAAGUUUGUUAUUAUUUGAUUACAAGUACAGUUAAAGAACAUUGGUCAAAGUGAAAGGAGCAUAUCGCUGCUGUCGGAAGAAAACCUUUUUUGUUUUUGACAUAAUUUGAAAAUGCCUGUUGUUUUCAUUGCGUGUAAAUUUCAUGAUGAUUGGACCAAAAGAAACAGCACAAAAUGAC